AAGGGUCUCGAAAGACCCCUUUUUCUAGGACCUUCUAAAAGCCACCAGGAAGUGUGCACUCCACAGCUGUGGACCCCGUCUGGCACCAGGGAGAGCAGGGCGUGGGGAGUACUUGGAUCUCUUGAAGAAGCUGGUCCCUUUUCGGUCCCUCCCGGUGAUGUGGGGGAGCUGUUAGCUUCGCCAGCAGCUGCAGAGCAGCGGGGGUGGCCCAUGGACCUGCCAGAGAGCCAGGCGGGUGGCCCUGCUGCCGAAGUGUACCUCUCGGACCAGCCAGAGGAGGGGAGCCUGGGGACACCGCUCAGCUUAGAGGAGCAAAUACUCAACUCCACGUUUGAAGCUUGUGACCCCCAGAGGACAGGCACUGUGGCUGUGACCCAUGUACUAGCCUACCUGGAGGCUGUGACGGGACGGGGUCCCCAGGAUGCACGCCUCCGAACACUGGCCUGCAGCCUGGACCCCAAUGGCGAGGGCCCUCAGGCCACUGUGGACUUGGACACCUUCCUGGUCAUCAUGCGGGACUGGAUUGCUGCCUGUCAGCGGGAUGGGGGAUUAGAGCUGGAAGAGGAGACCGCCUUUGAGGGAACCCUGACCUCCCAGCAACUGCCAUCUGGAUGCUCAGAAGCUGAGGAUCCAGCCAACCUGGAGAGCUUCGGAGGCGAAGACCCCAGACCUGAGUUGCCCGCCACAGCUGACCUGCUGAGCAGCCUGGAGGACUUGGAGCUCAGCAACCGCCGGCUGGCUGGGGAGAACGCCAAACUGCAGCGCAGUGUGGAGACAGCCGAGGAGGGUUCCCUGCACCUUGGGGAGGAAAUUUUGGCUUUGCGCAAGCAGCUCCGCAGUAGCCAACAGGCUCUGCAGUUUGCCAAGGCCUUGGAUGAGGAACUGGAGGACCUGAAGACUCUGGCCAAGAGCCUGGAGGAACAGAAUCGCGGCCUUCUGGCCCAAGCCCGGCAGACGGAAAAGGAGCAGCAGCAGCUGGUGGCUGAGAUAGAGAGUCUGCAGGAGGAGAACGAGAAGCUGCUGGCCGAGCAGGAUGGAGUGAAAAGGAGGAGUGAGGAGCUGGCCACGGAGAAAGAGGCUUUGAAGGUGCCACCCAUCCCUAGCACCUUGACAACUUCCUACCACCCAGAGGCCAUUUUUACAAUCACCAGUUUCAGCCCCCGUGGUCUGCGGCAGCUCUACGAGUGUGAACGCCUCAUUUGCCAGCGAGACGCCAUCCUCUCCGAGCGCACUCGCCACGCGGAGAGUCUGGCCAAGACCUUGGAGGAGUACAGAACUACAAUCCAGGAACUGAAGCUGGAAAUUUCACACCUGGAGGAGCAGCUGAGUCAGACCCAUGAGGGGCUGGAUGAGCAAGGAGGCAGCUUUCCCCGUCCUGACUGUGUGGCCAGGCUACCUGAAGGGGCUCAGGUGAGGAGAGUGGACUGGACCAAGCUGCCACGACCAUCGCUGGGUGUGGAGAUCCAGGCCAUUCGGCAGAAACAGGAAGUGGCAGCCGCCGAUCUCUCCAACCCUUUGUGUGGCGUGUGGCAGUGGGAGGAGGUCAUCAAUGAGACCAAUGAGGAAGCUGAGUUUCCACCUGAAGCCCCAACUGGGGGGCAGAGAAACUUCCAGGCAGAGCCUGAAUACCCUCAUGAAGGAAGGAAGGAGCGAUCAAUGUGGUUACCCAGGAGAGAGGAAGAAGAGGAAGCAGAGAUCCCGGUCAUGGUGGAUCUCCCCAUCCCUCUGGGAGACUCACACCCUGGAGACAUCCCAGGAAGCCCUCCUGAGAGCAGGCCCUCAGAGCCGGAGCUGCAGCAAGCCCUGGUGCCGGUGGUGAAGGAGCUGGUCCCAGUCAGGAGGCCAGUCUGGGGCCACCUCUGCCUGCGCCCCCUGCACCCCCAGCAGCUCAGGUGCACCCCAAGGCGUCUCCAGAAGGAGGGUGAUGGUCAGACAGGGCACUUCCGGGAUACCAUGGGCUCCCCUGGGCCCCCCAAGCACUGUGCUGCCUCCCCACAGAGUCACUCGGCACCCGCUGAUCCUGGCGCCAGUCCUGGGCCUGCUGCUGCUGCUGCUACUGCUACUGCUGCUGCUGCUCUCGGUCCGGCUGCUGGGCCAGUCCCCGACCCCCACCUGGCCCCACCUCCAGCUCUGCUACCUCCAGCCGCCUCCAGUGUGAGGCACGCAUCCCGCCGCCUCAGAGCAGCGUCUAGUUCAGUGAUUUAACAGGGGCUCUUUUUACUGUUAAUCCCGUGGGUGUGCCACUGUGAUUUGGGAUUAUCCCACUGCCGGGACCCUAGAUACAGUGCUGCAGGGUCCACAGUCCUGUAUUGGGUUUUUAUGUGAAGUCUCUUGUUUUUUUAACGUUGACAACUACGUUUCUUAACAAUAGCAAAACACAACCAGUAAUGGAUUAAGCACUAGGGGUUAUAUUUCCCUCACAAAACAAGUCUGGAGGAGGGCAGUUGUGGACCCACAGCUCAGUCUGCAUAGCACAGGGACCAGCAUGCUGUGAUUCUCUGUGACUCUCUUGGCCCUCCCCCUGUGCUCAGGAGGUGGCAGGUGUUGUAGCUUCAUACGUCAUAUCUGCAGGGAGAAGGGGACACAUCUCUUCCUUUUUAUAAAGAAAAGCAAUAGCCUUCCCAGAGCCAGCAGCAGACUCUGUCUCAUCGGCCAGAACUGUUUGGCAUGACCACCCCUAGCUGCAAGGGCAACCCGGAGAGCAUCUCUCUUGGCAGAAAGAGGGAGAACAAGAUGUGGGCCAGGCACACACAUAGAUGUCACCAACGGCCAGCAGGAAACGGUGUGCCAUUUGUUCAUUCAGCAAACACUUAGUGAUCAUCUAUUUGCCAUGGCUAGACCUUAGAAGACAGAAAAAUAGACCCUCCAAUGCCAGGCUGAGGAGCAUUGAUUUUUCCCCUGAGGAUGAUGGGAGUUUGGGGGACAUUUAAUUACUUGUUUUUGGUUAUUUACUUUGUAAUUGAGGUAUAACUUACAUACAAUGAUAAAUGGACAAAUCAA